AUACAAUAAGCUACUUCAUGAGUAGUAUAGGAAUACAGAUAAAAUAAAAAAUUAUAGAGCCCUCUUCUAAAUUUCUGAAAGCUUUCUAAUUUUAUAUUAAUUCGAACACAUAAUCUUUAUAUAUGAAUUAAUACUAAUUUUAUUGACAAUUAAAAACCGAAGAGUGAUGAGCGUGUUGAAGAAAAAUACUAAACAGAAAGAGAAAGUAUUCCACUGAAAAAACAAAUUAAAACGAGUUAUUAUAAGAUCGUUUUGGUUGAUGAAUCACAAUUAAACAAACAGACAAAAUCGAUGGCUACGAAAGCUAAGAGCAGUUCGAUUCUACCAAUGGCGUCGGACGAUCCUCCGCCGAGAGUGGAGGAGAAGCUCUUCAAAGGAUCCGCCAUGACUAAACGCGGAGCUUAUGCCGCCAUCUCUUACAUGACUUGCGCUGUGCUCUUGGUAUUAUUUAAUAAAGCAGCUCUUUCUUCAUACAACUUCCCAUGUGCCAACGUCAUUACACUUUGUCAGAUGAUAUCUUCAUGUUGUUUGCUAUAUGUUCUACGACGAUCAAAGCUCAUUUCUUUUAACGCUAACGAAUCCGCAACUGUCAGUGACAGUUCCAACACGUUGGUAUCAAUACAGACGUUGAUUCGUACUUCACCUCUUGCUUUAACCUAUUUGCUUUACAUGCUAGUUACUAUGGAGUCUGUUCGAGGUGUUAAUGUUCCAAUGUAUACAACAUUGCGAAGAACUACAGUUGUAUUUACAAUGAUUGUCGAGUACCUCCUUGUGAGGCAGAAGUAUACACGCCCUAUUCUUGGAAGUGUCACGUUGAUAGUUCUGGGUGCUUUUAUUGCUGGAUCACGGGACUUGUCGUUCGACUCCUAUGGCUAUCUUGUUGUUUUUCUGUCCAACUUCACCACUGCGAUAUACCUGGCAACUAUAGCCCGUAUUGGAAAGUCCAGUGGGCUCAAUAGCUUCGGCCUUAUGUGGUGCAAUGGAAUCUUAUGUGGCCCUGUUCUACUGCUUUGGACCCUUUUCCGAGGUGACUUGGAGAUGACGAUGAAUUUUCCAUACCUGCUUUCUCCUGGUUUCCUGGUGGUGCUGCUUUUUUCCUGCAUACUAGCUUUCUUUCUGAACUAUAGUAUAUUCCUCAACACGACUCUGAACUCUGCACUGACACAGACAAUCUGUGGUAAUUUGAAGGAUCUUUUCACAAUUACACUAGGCUGGGUAAUUUUUGGUGGGCUGCCAUUCGAUUUGUUGAAUGUGAUUGGGCAACUUCUCGGCUUCAUUGGCUCAGGCCUGUAUGCCUAUUAUAAGCUUAUUGGGAAAUAACUGCUUUCAUGUAUCAAUCACUCAUCAUCUUCGAUCAAUUUUGGUAUGGUAUGAUGUUGGAAACGAUUCUAGUAUUCGUCUAGGAGCAGUGUUUUCUUCGACUUCCUAAGGAAGACGAGCUGCUGAGGACGCCGUAAAGCAUUGUUUCUGGGUUUUAAGAAAUGGAAUAGGCGUUUGAGAUUGAUGAUGCAUUUUCUAGCAUUUGAAGAGAUAAGAAUGAUUCUUGUUAACAGCUAACUCUAUAGUCUAUACCUGUCGUUUUUCUUUGAUCUUAGAAUGUAAGAGAAGUAGCUUCAUGUGUUUAAUGUGAGGGAAAGUUUGGAGUUUGGAAACUAACUGAUUCAGCUGGAAAUGUAUAAUUUUGUUUUAAGUUUGGAUUUGGAAUUCAA